UCAUCAACUUCAUCAACUUUAUUCUCAUGAGCCUCAACUCUCAGUUUUACCUCAAAUUUUGUUUGUGACAGUGAAGUCUGAUAAUUGCAGAAUUAGGACAGCAUUUCAUCAUUCCUAAUAAGUUUUUAAGGUAUUCCUUAUAUUGAAUGUUAGAGAAUCUGUAUAUUGAGGUAUUGGGCCUUAUUAGGUCCUAUAUAUAAUCAAAGUUAUCAAAGCCCCCAGUAUAAUUUUUUUAAGGUCCUCCAUGUGGAGCUGUUUUGCGCCUCCAUGUUGGUACUUGUUGAUAUGGCUCCUUUUAUAUCUGUGUAUUUGCCUGAUUGAUUGAUCUGCCGAUCUUGUUGAUGCCUUUUAAUACAAUGGCCACAAGGAAAGGCCCUGGCAGCUUUCAGUGCUUCAUUGAUUAAUAGAACCGCUGCUUAACUAGGGGAUGUUGAGGUAUUGAUCCAUCUUACCGUUGAUCUCUUUACUGUAUGAGAAAAAACAAAACAAAAGCAAGCUCCAGCAGGGUUCUGUUUCAGUGCAGACAGUUAAAUGAUUCUGGAGAGUUUUUGGAUUUGAAUUACUGGAUAAUUUCUCACUCCUACCAGACACAUGAUGUGAAGUGUACUGUCCAUUAGGAGACUAUAGGACGGGGAAUUCCCAGGGAACAGGAUGGAGCCCCGCCCAGCUGCACUCUACCCCCUGAUUCUCCUGAUAUCCUCCACCCUAGCGGCCGACAUUGGAGCUAUAGACAUGUACAUGGACUCCUAUGGAACCUGCCAGCAGUCUUCCUUCUUUGAGGUCCAUGAUGAGGGGUACCUGGUCCAUGCUAAGGGCAGCGGCCAGGCUUACCAGACCAUGCGGUGCUCCCUAAGGUUCAGAGCCGCAAGGGACCAGCAACUGUGUGUCAAAUUCAACAACUUCGUCAUCGAUGACUGCAGUGUUAACUUCAAGGUGUUCCAAGAAAGCCAGCCAAUAGAUUUUGCUAGGCAGCCAAAAGAUGAGUGUCUAUUUAGACACUACAGUUGCCAAGACUCGCCUCAGAUCGUGUGUAGCACGGACCGUUAUCUUACACUCCAACUGUACAAGGAGCGGAUCGACGCUCAGGGCUACAGUCUCCUGCUGCAGGUGGUCCCUAAAACCAUGAAGAGUGCCUUUUCAGAUGAGAUCAUAAUGUCGUUGUGGAUGAUUGUGGGCGUGAUUCUGGGUGUGGUGAUUGUCAUCGUGGUGUUAGCGGUGGUCAUCGUCCUCUGCUGCAGGAAGGACAGGCACCACGGGAGGGUGUUCAAAAAGAAGAACAGCAAGCCUCGCUCUGGUGCUCAGGGGAGACUACUGGAGACUGGGCCAGAGCCUUCGGCUCCUCCCCUGGACUCUGAUGUGGAGAUGCAUCACCACAUACUGAAUAGCUACGGACAGUUUCCAAACGAGCCCCCUCCACCCUACCAACCCAAACCUGAGCCCGUCUAGCAAAGGCCAAAGGAAUAACAGAUUCCAUGACAGGGAGAUAACUCAUGCCAGGACAAGAUAAACUCAUCUACUCAAAACAGGGAUGCAGCAGUUUUAUUUUUAUAAUGGCCUCAAAACAAUAACUUUUUGUGAAAAAAAUAUGUUCACCGAGGAAGCCAUGUUUUGUCACCUUUACCAAAAGUUAUUAUUUUUUUCUUAAUAUGAAUCAUGUUAUUUGCUUUAUAUGAUGAACAACAUCUUUUAUAUUUGAUUUUUAGAGUUCCGCGAUUGAACAUGUCAGUUUAUUUCAUAUAUGGAUGUGCCAUGAAGAUAAUGCAAUGAAUAUUCAGAUUUACUUAGUUUUAUACGAUUAUUUUUUCUGAGAAAAUUUUUGAGUGAUUUAAUUUAGACAAUGGACUCAUUUGUUAUCAUCUCAUUUUAAUGCCAUUCCUAUAUUGAUGCUACAGAUGCAGUAAAUAUGAAUUUACAGUGGAAUUUGUAUGUUUGUUUAAAGAUAGUGUGGCUAAAAUUCAGAUACAUACCAUUAUUGUUAUAAUAAGGAAUAGAUAAUACAUACAUAAUAGUAGAGAUUCGGUUCAUGUUCUGAUUUCAUGUUUCUCCAAAGGUGAUUUUUUUAUAUGUAAUGUUCAUAAGAAAAAAUGUGCAAUGGGCACCUUUUGAUGAAAUAUGUGGGUAUUCAAUGAUGAGAAAAGUUGUGUAUUUAACUGAUAAUUCACUGGAACAGAAGAAAAUUUACCAGGAAGAUUGAUAUAACCCAUAAAUGCCACCAAACAAAGAAACUAUUUUAGUAUGUCUGUAUAUCGUGUUUUAACUUACCCUGGUUUCAUAGAAACAAAGGAAUAAAAAUGAUUUAUUUUUGUUGUAAGAUGCAAGUUUGAGAUGUCAUCAUUGAAUUGUCAGAACUGCAAAAAGUUUGGAUUGAUUUUCACUAAAGCAAAGUUGUGUGUAUAACAUUGAUUGGCGUCAGAUAUUGAGAGGAAGCAGAGACAAUGUCAGAUGAUGCCCGAUGAAUUGUGUGUAUUUAUUUAUUUGAUAUAGCUGUUGUAUUCUCAUAGGUUUAAAGCAUGUUGUUAUUGGCAGAUUUUUAUUUUACGUUACUUUUUGAAGCAGUUUUGUGAUGUAGAACUAAUCAAAACAAAUUAAUUGUUGCUUAUUUAUAGUAUUUAUUUGUAAUUACCAGAUGCAAGUACCUGUAGUGCAGUUUAUUUACUUCGCAGAUUUUUGUAUGAGUAGUUAACUGAAACUGCAAAAACAUGUAGGUUAUGUAUGGAAUGCUUAAAAUGUUUUUAACAUGAUUUAUUCAGCUGUAUUAAAUCUUAAGACAACUUGUAGGCAUUGAGGCUUUUGAUUAAGUAUUUAUGAACAUAUAACUACUAGUACUAAUAUUAAUUUGUGACUUUAAGGGCUGUUUUAGCCAAGUUUUUUUGUUCUGUACAUUGACUUAUCACAGUUUACACUAGAUUGUAAACCAACUUUUAUUUGUGAUGACUUUAUUUUUGGUUUACCCAUUGAUAAAAUUAUUAUGGGGAACUAUUUUGCAUGACCAAGCCUAUGUUGGUAGUUUUAGACAAUUGUAAGAGACAUUUAAUAUCUUGUUCAGGGCAACCAAUAUCAGCAACAAUGAGACUUUCAAAAUUCUUGCAAAAUUUCUCACACACAAAUUUAAUGAAUAAAAGUUGGCUUUUGUACAAUAUCAGUAUUUCACAAUCAUUGGCAGAACACUGCAUUAAUGAAUACUUCAACUGUCUCAUUUAAUAUGUUUUUGUGUAAAUCAGAGGUCCACAAAAUUGGCAUAUCAUUCUUUUACAAAAUGCAUAUUUUUAUUUAUGCUGAUCCAAUAUUUGUCAUUGUAAUCUGAUUUAUAUUGUAUAGAGCUAUAUAUACACAUGAUGCAAUGGGCCAUAUGACUAACAUUGAUGUUCAUGUAUACCUGUUACAAGAACUAUAAUUUGUUCAGCCUGACUGCAGGCUAGUCUUAGAUUAUGAAGCUAUUAGGUUGGAAAUAUGAUACAUGCCUAAAUGUGAUCACAUGUUGAUAACUUUUGAGUUUAUAUAAGGAUUAUCUGUGCUUCAAAGUGCUCUUAAUGUUUACAUAAAACAGUGAGCCAUGUUU